UUGACGACCACCCAAUUUACGUGGUAUUGGCGUGCAACCGGCUCCUCCUAUUUCAGAGUGGAAAUGAAGCAAAGGGGCGGAAGCCCUGCAUGUCACCCACCCCUGGGCGGCCCCAGGAGCCAAGUCUUGAAGCGAGGUGGUAGGGCUCCGCUAUAUUACCCAGCAAGAGAUGAAGCCUAG